CCCACUGGGUGUGGGGGGAGGCUCAGGCCUGCUGGGGAGCUACCGGGCUCCAGCAGGGUGGACAAAGGAGUGCAAGUCCCGGGGUGGAGUGCUGAGGGGCCCAGCACUGCCACUCCCGGCAUUUACUUGGUCCAAACAGGGCUCUCCGCAGGGGCAGGACGUUCAGGCCAGAGGGCUCCUGCUUUUGGGGAGCCAGCACUCAGGGCGCUGUGCUGCACCUUAGCUUGUGCGUGUGUGAGGUGGGGCUGUGUCUGAGUUCCCUGCAGCUACACCUCACUGAUUUCAUAUAUAUCCUAGAGUCCUGACUAGGAGAUCCCCAAACCAAGACCAUACAGGGGGACUCCCUUCAGGCAAACACUGGCGUUGGGUUUUCCGUGUUCAUAUUGAGCCCUUCUGCAAACACUCUACCGGGGUCUCAUCUCAUUGUUGCCUGCUUCUUGUGAUCAUCAAAACAGGGCUGUAUGCAUUUUGGCUGCCUUGCACAGAUCAAAUCCGUGUCCUUUCACUAUGUAUAGCCUUUGUGAAUCAUAUAGGUACCUCAUGAACAUCAAAACAGGCCUGUUUUCCCCCCACAAGUUCAUGAAAUUUUCUGUUUCCAGUGAUGACACACAACACAAACUUAAAUGUCAAAGUGAGGGAGUGUUGUUUAGUGGUUAGACCAGGAGGCUGGGUAUGAGGAGAUCUGGUGGUUAUUCCCAACUCUGCCGCUGACUUGCUCUGUGACAUUGGGUAAAUUACAUAUUCUCUCUGUGCCUUAGUUUACCCAUCUGUGAAUUGGUGUUAAUUACCCAUUUGGGUAAAAUGUUUUUAGAUUCUUAGAUAAAAGGUGUCAUAUAAGCACAGACUAUUAGUGUUUUAUGAUUUUGUAGGAGGAAUUGAAGGCCAACCUUCAGAAUGUUCAUAAUUUUGAUCUCAGGAUCAUGGCUGAAACUACUGCAAAGGUACCUUUUCAGUAAUUUAUGGUCAGUCCUUAACUCAUAGCAGUUUAAAGGAAGGCCAAAUCAGUUAAUAGAAACAUUUAGAUUUAGAAAAGUAAAAGAUUUCUUAUUUAAAAAAGGUACCCACUCAUUUGAAAUGACACUAAUGAAAAUAAAAAUGUAAUCAGUGUUACCCAGUCCUACAUUUUAAUUUGUCUCUGCAAUGCAAGGAUAUUUUACUUUACUGCAAAAGUGUGAGGCACACUUUCCCCCUUCUCUUUAGUACUCCUUUGUCUCUGGUUAAUGAUGUUUACAUGAUAACAAGCUCCCCAGCUUGCAGGAAUAAGAAACUGGACAAAACAUCUAUGUUAAAGAUGUUUAAGAGUGAUGUUGCUGACCAGCAGUUUAGCCUGGAAACUGCAAUUAAAAAUAUUGAUAAAAUGUCCAGUGAGUUGAAGAAGCUAAAUGUGCAAAGUCAACUGCUGCUCUGUGACCUUACUUUGAACUUCAGUCAUCCUGUGAAGACCAAAGUUUCAAGGGAGGUAGAAGAAAAGAAAACAAAUUUUGAGGAAUUACCUAAUUCCAUCAAGUUCCAUGCUGAUGCUUCCAUUACCAAUUCUUUAAGCCAUUAAAAUUUCAGCAUGGUUUUCUGCUCUGGUUGAAGCUUUUAUAAUAUGACAUUUUGUGUUAUCAGAGUAUGAAAAGUAGUAUCUGAAGAAUGUUUCAAUAUGUGAAAAACAAAUAUUUGAAUAACUCAGAAACAACUAAAAUAAUAAAAAGGCAAAUAAUUGGUCCAUAGCCUAUACAUUUUCCAAAAUCCCCCUUUUUAUUAAACAGCUGAGGUUGCUGAGAACAGUGACAUGGGAAACUAGAUGGCUCAGGAAAUUGUUUAUAGGACAUGACGUAUUUCAUGUCAAGUUAACUGAUCUGAAUCGAGACCAACUGGUAACAAAAUUAGAACUAUUUACUACCAGCUAGAUCAUUGUUUCCCAACUUGGAAAGGUAGUGCUAAGCCCAGAUGAGCUCAAGGGCAAGAAAACAGCACAGGGAGGGAAAAAAAUGGCAUGACGCUUUAUUUGCCCAACUGUCGUCCUCACUACAAACCUAUAGCUAUGAGUAAAAUAGCAGGUGACUUCCUGAAAGCCAUUCCUCUGCCUGUAGUGACCCCCUAAUGCAGCCAGCUACAAGAUACUAAGGGAGGAGUAAGGCUGACAAACUUAGAAGCAAGACUCAAACCAUGCACAUGCCAGAAAAUGGAAUUAAAUAUAAGAUCUUAGACAAAUAAUGGGACCCGUCCUGUUCCUUAUUAAGUCAGUGGGAAAAACUCUGGGGCCUAAUAUUUAUAACUGAUUCUGAAUUACAGUUUAUAUUUUAAGACAGAAAAUGUCAGUUUCAUAAAAAAUGUGGAAUAGGCACUUAUCCCAGGCCUAUCAGCCCCACCCUGCUUGGUUGUCUACUCCCUGGGUAAUGAGUUUGGAUGUAAGCCUGUGGCUUGGUCAGGUGACUAAACAUCACAUGAUGGUAGUCAGGGGUUGUGCUUUAUAUAAAAGUGAGUCUUCUCAGGAUGAAAGGAGAUAGACCUCCAGGAAGGAAGGAGGUUCUUGAAGGGUACCUAGCAGCAGAGGGACCUGGGUCUGGGUUUGCUGCACCAGCUAAAGGUAAAAGCCUGACUGGAGUUUACCAGCUAAAGGUAAAGGCCUGAAGGACAGGAGCAAAAUUCCUGAAGAGGGAAUUAGGAGGUUCUGAGGAAGGGUCAUUCUAGAAGAAAGUAGUCUGGACAGGCCAGUACAGGUAGGUAUUUGAAGGGAGAUGCCAUUUGUUUAGGGGUUCAGCCUGUGGCUCCUACUGAUGGUCAGAAGAAGUUAAUUUUCUCUUGACCCGCAUCAAGAGAAUACAAUUGGUGGCUGAGCCAUGUGAUCUCACUCCCUGAGUAAGACCUGAUGCUAGGCGUUGGAUGUCUGUCUUUGUUUGUUGAGCUGUGUUCAUGUACUGGAUCCUGGGAGAGGUGUUUAUUUGAUAUGCACAAAAGUCAGGAAUAGUUUUUGAGAACCCUGAGAGUAAAGAAACUGAGAUAGAGACAGGGUCUAUCACUAGAUGCGGUGAGACCCAGUUACAUUGCCGUUUUCAGAACCUGUUCUUUGCAGAAAGGAGUGGGUGCAAGGUUAUGCGUUCUUGGGACCCAAUCUAUACAGGGACGGA